UAUUGAUUUAUUGCAGAGACUGACUUGGAAUAUGGCUUGUUAUACAGAUAUGCUUGGAGUUGUAGAGCUUGCUCACUUUUUGAAGGAAGACUCGGAUGAUUCUGAAGUAGAAUGGAUAAUGAAAGAGUCUGCCAUUGAGAGAGAUCCUUUACGUCCUGCCCAGACGAAUGCUCCAAUAAAUAUAACAUGCCAUGAAAAAAUAGAAUGCAUAACACCGCUGGGAACGCCAGAACAGUUGAGUUCGGCAGGAACAUCAAAUGUAGCAAAAGAGCAGAACUGGAAGCAGACACUCAAAGGGCAGCAGGGCGAUAGUCUUCUCGUGGCUGUUGAAUCGAUGCCACUUAAUUGUGCGUCCAGGGCAAGGAGCCCAUGGGGAAAGCUGGAUCCAUAUGAUUCAUCUGAGGACCAGGAGAAAGAGUAUGUCGGAUUUGCAACAUUACCCAGCCAGGUUCAUCGCAAGUCAGUCAAGAAAGGGUUUGAUUUCACACUACUGGUGGCAGGAGAAUCAGGCCUUGGGAAAUCAACUCUGGUUAACAGCCUUUUCCUCACAGACCUGUACAAGGACAAGAAGUUCCUCAAUACAGAAGAGAGGAUCACCCAGACUGUUGAUAUCACCAAACAUUCAGUGGAAAUUGAGGAGAAGGGAGUUCGACUUCGGCUCACAAUUGUGGACACACCAGGAUUUGGUGAUGCCAUCAAUAACCAAGAAUGCUGGAAACCUGUUGCAGAUUACAUAGACCAGCAGUUUGAGCAGUACUUCCGUGACGAGAGUGGCCUGAACAGGAAAAACAUUAUGGACAACCGAAUUCACUGCUGCCUUUACUUCAUUUCUCCUUUUGGCCAUGGGUUACGGCCAUUGGAUGUGGAAUUUAUGAAAGCUGUGCAUGACAAGGUGAACAUUGUGCCACUGCUUGCCAAGGCCGACACACUGACUCCUGCAGAGGUUUCCAAAAUGAAAUCAAAGAUCCGUGAGGAAAUCAAAUUCUAUGGGAUCAAAAUCUAUCAGUUCCCGGAAUGUGACUCCGAUGAGGAUGAAGAAUUUAAACGGCAAGAUCAGGAAUUGAAGGACAGUAUCCCAUUCACUGUGAUCGGUAGCAACACUGUGGUUGAAGCCAAAGGAAGGAGAAUUCGGGGGCGACUGUAUCCCUGGGGUAUUGUAGAAGUGGAGAAUCCAGUGCACUGUGACUUUGUGAGGUUACGAAACAUGUUGAUCCGAACACAUAUGCAGGACCUGAAAGAUGUGACACGUGAUGUGCAUUAUGAAAAUUACCGAGCACAAUGCAUCCAGAGCAUGACCAGGAUGGUGGUGAAAGAACGAAAUAGGAACAAACUAACGAGGGACAGUGGCACAGAUUUCCCAAUUCCCAUUAUAUCAGGAUUGACGGAUAACGAGACGGAGAAAAUAAUUCGGGAGAAGGAUGAGGAGUUGCGGCGGAUGCAAGAAAUGCUGCAGAAGAUUAAGCAACAAAUGCACGACCAGAAUCCUGAAGGAUUGUAGUACUUGGUGCUUGCCGCAUUCUUCAGGGAUUUGAGAUGUUUACAGUCUUUCCCCUGCCUGAGAGCAUGGAUCCUAGUCACGAAGAUCCGGGGCUUGGAGAUCAGCCCGUAUGAAUCAACUUCAGAAUUCAACAUCACACCUUUCACUGGGAAUAAAUGCAUCCAUUUUAUUAGUCCCACUAAUUUAAAGCACUUAACAUAGUAGGAACAAAACCUAGAAUUCAUAAAUGCAAUAAAUGUUGGGUGUUGUCCAUAAAUUGGAAUUAUUACGAGAUUUAAGAAUCCCAUUUUGCUUUGCUGAGACUAGACUUUCUCUUUCUUUUCCCAGAUUUAUGUAGCUAUUAUCUAUCCUGCUGGAUUAAGUGUUCUUACUCCUAUUACAUUGCUAGAGUUUCCCAGUUUCAGUUAGACUGAUAAAUGGCACCAGCCAAGACACUUGCAGUCAAUGCUUAUGACACCAAUAGAACCUACGAUUUCCAAACAUUUGUGACAACACAAGUUUUUUACUCACUGCUUUCAAAUUCCAACUGAGUCCUGAGGUAGCAUCACACCAGGAAAGUUAAAUCUCAUCUUCACAUCUUUUUCAGGGUUUGUGGAUUUUAGCUUUAUUAAAAAAGUCUGAAGCACCAAGGAAACUGCAGAUUUAAUGAGAAUGAAAAAGGCCUAAAAAUAGAAAUGGAGAAAAACACUGGAAAAUUAGAUGCAAACAUGCCGACAAU